CCUCACUCAUUGCAUCCACUGCAUCCCAAAAACCCCACUUAUAAAAGUGACAAAACAGAAAUAAAAUAUUAAGAUCAGAAACUAGGUAUUAGCAUUUGGUUUUGAUCUGGAAAAAUGUUGGCCAUUUUCCACAAGGCUUUUGCUCAUCCACCGGAGGAGCUAAACAGUCCUGCCUCUUACAACGGAAGCAAGAAGCCUAAGCACCCAGAAGAGACUCUCACAGACUUCCUCUCCCACCAUCCUCACAACUCCUUCUCCAUGGGAUUUGGCCAUGCUGCUGUCCUUGCUUACGUCAAGCCAGACCAAGGCUUUUACUCAAAACACCCGAGGUUGUUCUGUGGGUUUGAUGACAUAUACUGCUUGUUUUUGGGGAGCUUGAACAAUCUGUGUUCACUGAAUAAGCAGUAUGGUCUAACAAAAUGCACGAAUGAGGCCAUGUUUGUGAUUGAAGCUUAUAGAACCCUUCGAGAUCGCGGUCCGUACCCAGCUGAUCAGGUUGUCAAAGAUCUUGAUGGAAGCUUUGCCUUUGUUGUCUAUGACAGCAAAGGUGGCAAUGUCUUUGCCGCACUGGGUUCUGAUGGUGGAGAGCAGCUCUAUUGGGGUAUUGCAGCGGAUGGAUCUGUGGUAAUUUCUGAUGAAUUGGAGGUCAUAAAAGAGGGUUGUGCUAAAUCAUUUGCUCCCUUCCCAAAAGGAUGCAUGUUUCAUAGUGAGGGAGGAUUGAUGAGCUUUGAGCAUCCAAUGAACAAGAUGAAGGCAAUGCCAAGGGUUGAUAGUGAAGGGGCAAUGUGUGGGGCUAACUUCAAGGUGGAUAAAUACACAAGGGUCAACAGCAUUCCACGUGUCGGAAGUGAGGUCAACUGGACUGAUUGGGCCUCCCAUUAGGACGAAAAGUGUCAUUGGUGCCUUACUUUGUCACUCACCACUAUGGCUCAAGUAUAACUUUGGUCUUAUUUAGUCGUUCGUCCCUCCAACUUUUUACCAUUUCAGCUUGUAGAAGUUUUUACCUUUCAACUUAAGAUACAUGGAGCUUGAAGUUUUCA